UGCAGGAAUAUAGCUUAAUGUGAUGGCAGGCUCCAAUCUUUUCAUUCCUCUUGCUUUAGUCCUCCUCCCUCUUCUUAUCCUCAUAUUCAUUCUCAAGCAUUUCAAAACUUCAUCAUCAAAGUCCCUUCCACUUCCUCCAGGUCCAAAUCCAUGGCCUUUAGUAGGCAAUCUCUUUCACAUGGGAAAGAUGCCUCAUGUUACUCUAUCAAACUUUGCCAAAACCUAUGGCCCUCUCAUCUCUCUAAAGCUAGGUACACAAAUCAUGGUUGUUGCUUCAUCACCUGCUGCUGCCACAGAAAUUCUUAAGACCCACGAUCGUGUUUUGUCAGCUCGAUAUGUUCCUCAAGUGAUGCCACUCAAGAGAUCGGAACUCAACAACAUAUCGCUUGGAUGGUCACUUGAAUGUGGUGAAGGAUGGAAGUAUUUGCGAACCAUUUGUCGAACUGAGUUGUUUUCAAGCAAAGCUAUAGAGUCUCAAGCAUGUUUAAGGGAGGAAAAAGUGAUGGAGAUGGUUAAAUUUAUAGAUGGAAAGGAAGGCAAGGUAGUGAAUAUUGGAGAGAUAACAUUUACUUGUGUGUACAACACGUUGAGUAAUUUGCUUUUGUCAAAAAACAUUUUCAGCUUUGAGAAUGAUGGUUGUGAGGGAAAAGAACUGAAAGCACUUGUAAGGACAAUCAUGGAGAUAGCUAUGUCUCCAAAUAUAUCGGAUUUCUAUCCGAUUUUGAGCGGAUUAGAUCUUCAGGGAAUAAAGAGGAAGGGUAAGGAAUUGGGGGAGCAGAUUAAUGCUUACUGGACUGCCAUCAUCAGAGAAAGAAAAGAAGCAAAAGAAAAUUCUUCUUCAAGAGAUGGCAGAGAUUUUCUUGAUGCUUUGAUUGAAAAUAAUUUCAGUGACGUUCGCACCAAUAGCCUUCUUCAGGAGUUGUUCACUGCUGGAACAGACACAACUAGCUCAACAAUUGAAUGGGCAAUGGCAGAACUAAUAAAGAAUCCAGAAUCAAUGAAGAAAGUCGAACACGAACUGGAAAGGGAAAUCAAACAAGAUGUGGUGAAGGAAUCUCAACUCCCUCAACUAACUUACCUACAAGCAUGCGUAAAAGAAACAUUAAGGCUGCAUCCUCCAGUACCACUUCUCGUACCUCACCGUGCAAACGAAUCGUGUCAAGUGAUGAACUAUUCAGUUCCAAAAGACUCUCAAGUACUUGUAAAUGUGUGGGCGAUUGCGCGAGACCCUCUGUACUGGGAAGAUCCACUAACAUUCAAGCCAGAACGGUUUCUCAGCUCAACAUUGGAAUUCAAAGGUGCUGAUUUUGAAUUUCUACCAUUUGGUGCAGGGAGGAGGAUCUGCCCCGGACUACCAAUGGCCAUAAAGCAGGUGCCUUAUGUCCUUGCUUCGCUCAUCCACUUCUUUAACUGGUCCCUUCCACAUGGUGAAGAUCCCAAGACGCUAGAUAUGAGCGAGAAGUUUGGCAUAGCAUUACAGAAAGACAAGCCUCUGCUUCUAGUUUCUAGUCCUAGGGUUGGAAAAUAAAUCGAGUGCACACUACCUCUGCUUCUUAUUAUUGUUCUGUCUUUCAACUACAGCAAUGAUUGUUCAGUUUCUUGAACCUUGUGUAUGAUUGUGGUGUUUUCUCUGAAGUCUGACUGUGUUUGUUCAUUGUCUUCCAUGUGUUUGACGGUUUGCCACUCGAACUGUAUUACCGGUCAAGUGGCUGAAAAUUAUGUUUGUGAAAAUGUUUGGAAUCUUGCAUUGAAUUGUUUACUUUGUUGGGUUUAGUUCAUUUUGGAACCUGUCGGUAUGACCCAAUCUCGACAAACUGAAAGGCCUAUUCAUUGCGUGAUGGGCGUUUCAUAGAUCAAGUGUACUUUGGAAUCUUGCAUUAAAUUGUUUGCUUUGUCAGGCUUAGUCCAUUUUGGAAGCUGAGGCUAUUUUUUGAUAAUUGAUGAACCACCCAGCACAGCAUGCCCUUCGGAUAGUUGCGUGGGCGUAAAUCUCGGCCCAUCAGAACAUUCUGCACCAUGUUGGCGAUGGGUAAGACUAGCCAAAGCCUAUGUGGGUAGGAGUUCGGAAGUGAGACAAGCCCAGAGAACCAUGAUUCCAAAAGAAAAUAUCCAAAUUUGUUGGUUAAAGCUUGUCGCUUUAAUCCUCCUCUUCUCAUCCUCCUAUUCAUUCUCAAGCAUUUCAAAGCUUCAUCAUCAAAGUCCCUCCCACUUCCUCUAGGUCCAAAUCCAUGGCCUUUAGAAGGCAAUCUCUUUCACAAGAGAAAGAUGCCUCAUGUAUUGUGUUUUUUUAAGGUCAUUUGCUCCAAUAAGAAUAUGACAAGGAUUUUGUUUAUUAUGUUACUGUUUAAAACAGUAACAUGAAUAUGUCUGAAUGAUUUGGUAGAACUUGGCAAAUUGUUUCACAUCCAACACUCAUAAACUCAACAAAAUCCUGAACGAAAAUCAUGUACUCACAUCUACACCUGGAUGAAAGAAGGAAGAAUAGAAACAAUAGAUCUAAACCCUUUUAACCAUUAAAUUGUGAAAAAAAAAGAUCUAAAGAGAGAGGAGUCUUUAGGGACAAAACCCUCAAACACUCAAGGGUUUUUUAGGGACAAAACCCACAUGAGUCUUUGGCUCAAUGUGGGACAAUACGUCAAUACCUCAAGUGUUGUUGGGUCCAACCUCUCUCCUCUAUUCAUUAUUCAAAUUAUCAAAUUAGUAAGCAAUCUCUUUCCCAUGAGAAAGAUGCCUCAUGUUACUCUAUCAAACUUUGCCAAAACGUAUUGCCAUCUCAUCGCUCUCAGCUAGGUACACAAAUUUUGGUUUUAGCUUCAUCACCUGCUACUGCCGCAGAAAUUCUUAAGACCCACGAUCGUGUUUUUUUUUUUUUUUUUUUUUUUUUGCGCAAGACAUGUCUCUCAGGCCAUGCCGAUCGAGACAUCAAAACUCAAUGACAUACUCUUGGAUGGAAUCUUGAAUGUGGUGAAGGAUGGAAGUAUUUGUGAACAAUUUUUCAUACUGAGCUGUUCUUAGGAAAGGCUAUAGAGUCUCAAGCAUGUUUGCGAGAGAAAAAAAUGAUGGAGAUGCUUAAGUUUAUAGGUGGAAGGGAAGAUCAGGUGGUGAAUAUUGGAGACAUAGCAUUUACUGCUGUGUACAACAUGUUGAGCAAUUCCAAAGACAUUAUCAGCUUUGAGGACAACAAUGGAGGGGAUGGAGGGUUGAAAAUGGUUAUGAGAACCUUCAUAGAGAGUUGCUUCCCCAAACGUAUCAGAUUACUAUGCGAUCCAACGUAGAUUAGAUCUUCAGGGUCUAAGAAAGAAAGCCAACAGAGCAAGUGAAAAGAUCCAUGCUUCCUGGACUUUCAUCAUCAAGGAAAGAAGAGAAAUUAAAGAAGUGUUUUCAAGAGAUCGAGAUUUCCUGGACUGAAUGAUUGAAAACAAUUUUGCAGAUGACUUAACCAAUCAACUACUAUUGGUCUGAUCUCUUUCUUUCUCUCUCGCACACAUACACAAACAUUUUGAAAACCAAUAAAUUGUUCCUGAACAGAAAACAAGUCUCAUGCUUCAUAGUUAUUUUGACAGGUACUGUUCACAGCUGGAACAGAUACCAGUACCUCAACAAUUGAAUGGGCCAUGGCAGAACUAAUAAAGAAUCCAUAAUUCAUGAAAAAAAGUUUUAGAAGAACAUUAAAGGGAAGUCAAACAAGAUGCGGUG